AUGACUAUGAGUGAUAAUAUACCAUUUGUUGUAAGUUUGGAAGAGAAACAUGCUACUGAAUUAGAAAUAGUUGGUGGUAAAGGAGCAAAUUUAGCAAUUUUAUUUCAACGAAAUUUUAAUGUUCCUGAUGCUUUCAUAAUAACAACAAAUGCAUUUCAACAUGUACUUAAUAAUGAACAAACAAAAAAUGUUCUAUUGUUAAUAGAUGAAGUUGAUGUUGAUAAUAUAAAAGAAUUAGAAGAUAUUAGUAAUAAAAUAAAACAAACAAUUUGUAAUAUAAAUUUACCAAAUGACAUAAUUAAUUUAAUAAUAGAACAUUAUAAUAAAUUAUCAUCAAAUCGUCUUUGGAUUGAUAUUACUGGUGUAUUAACAUCAGCAGCAGUACAUUUCUUUGGUUUAUCAAUGAUUGAUACUGGAAUGGGUACAAUUAUAAAUUAUUUAGUUCGUUCAAAAUUGUUUCCAAUAAAAUCAAUAUUUUCAUCAUUAACAACAUAUUUAUUUUUAUUAUUUUUUAUUAGUUCUACACUUUUAAAAUCCAUACGAAAUUUCAUAUUUCCUCGUUAUGGAAUAAAAUUAUUUAUGAAUCAUAUAGAAGAAUGUCAUCAAUUUAUUGAUAAAGGAUUUGAAGAUGAAAACAAUCAGAAUUUUACUAAUUGUGUUAAUCAUUUUCAAAAUAUUUUAUUGAUAUUACCACAAAUUUUAGCGAAACGUGCUAUUCCAUGCCUGCUUCCUACCAUUGUAUGUUUAAGAAUUCUUGGAAAAUUAGCAAAAAAUUCUAUUGAUGCUCUUGCACUUACACGUGCUGUUGAAUCAAAUCCAACAACAGAAAUGAAUCUUAUGUUAUGGAAAUUAACUAUAUUAAUAAAAAAUAAUGAAACAACAUUAAAAUUAUUUGAAAAUGAAACAAUAGAUAAUUUAGUAGAUAUUUAUAAAAGAAAAUCUUUUGAUAAAGAUAUUCAAUUAAAAAUAGAUGAAUUCUUUGAUAAUUAUGGUUGUCGUGGUAUUGGAGAAAUUGAUAUAGGUCGUAAACGAUGGUCUGAUCAACCAGAAAUUGUUCUUGAACAAAUAAAAAAUUAUUUAAAAAUUUCUAAUCCUGAUAAAGCGAUUGAUAAAAUUCAUGAUCAAAGUCGACAAAGUGCGUAUGAAGCUUUAUCAAGAAUUGAAAAUGAUUUACGAUGGCCUUUUAUUCAAAGACCAUUAGUAAAUUUUCUUUUUAAUCGUUUAAAAAUUUUAUUUUCAAUAAGAGAAUGUCCAAAAUUUUAUGGCCUUAUUCAAACAUUUGGUAAAUGUCGUAAAGAACUUCUUUCUAAAGCUAAUUUAGCAGUUAAUGAAAAUUUAAUUUCAAAUGUUGAUGAUAUUUUUUUUCUAUAUAUUAAUGAAUUAAAAUCAUUAGCUUAUGAUACUGAUCAUAAACAAUAUGAUAAAAUAGAUUAUUGGAAAAAUUUAAUUUUACAACGUCGAUUAGAAUAUACAAAACAAAUGUCUUGUAAACGAAUACCAUUAAUAUUACUUUCUAAUGGAACAACUUAUUAUGAUGCAACAACAAUAUCAGAUGAAACUAAUCAACAAAUUGAAUUAAUUGAAGGUGAAUAUAUUGGUAGUCCUGUAUCUCCAGGUGUAUAUGAAGGAAAAGUACGUAUAGUUGAUGAUCCAAUGAAUUCUAAAUUAGAACCUGGUGAAAUCUUAGUUUGUACAGCUACUGAUCCAGCAUGGACAUCAUUAUUUCCAAUUGUUGGUGCUUUAGUAUUAGAAAUGGGUGGAAUGCUUCAACAUGGUGCUAUAGUUUCAAGAGAAUAUGGUUUGCCAGCUGUUGUUGGUGUUGCUAAUGCUAAGAAUAUAUUUCAUAAUGGUCAAUUUAUUCAAGUUAAUGGUUCUAAUGGACGAAUUAAAAUUUUGUCUAAUGAAUGA